AAGUUGAAGAAAUAUAGUUAAGAGUAAUACUUAUCGCCUUAUUCUAAAAUCCGGACUAAAGUGUGUCUUGGUUUAAAUCUAUUUUUUUUUUCUUUAUUUAUUUAGAGUUUGUCUCUGCCUUUUUUAGCAAACAUAAGUGACAGCAUAAGUUUUAGUCCAGGUUUAACUUUAGUCUGCGUUUUAUAAUAAUGCGGUUAUUAAUGUUUAUUUUAUGUUUAUAGAUUAAUACUAUGUAGGUAAUAUUUUUUAGACAUUCAAAAGAAAAUAAGUAUGAACACAAAAUGAUAAGCGAACGGGCGAAACAAUAUUACAAACAUUAUCUGUGAAAUAGAAGUAACUAAUACACUUCUAUCCAAUAUGAACAAAUACCGCAAGGAGAACAAAAUUAGAAACAAUAAAAUGCGAAGUUAAGAAUGUCCUCUUAGAAAAAUAAAAUUAAAACCAGGCAAUGAAAGACUUCCAUAUACGAAAACUAUUGAGCCGUUUCUGCAUAUCUCCACAUAAAGAGAAAAAGAACUAUAAGGACUAUUUCAGAGAAAAAAUACUAGCCUACAGAUAUGAGCGUAAUGGACAUCAACCUGGAUUCCGUAAGAAAUAUCAGCGUGACUGCAUUGGAGAUUGCUUUUUGAUGUCUUUGAGAAAAACUCCGCAAGUUUGGAUAUAUCAUCGUUGGCCUCAUAUCUACCCUUACUAUUUGGAAUUCCGGCAUACGUUCAAGAGUUUUGGUACCUGCUGCAUGCUCUGCGCUGCCGUCCUAUUCUGGACACCAUGUUUUAUUUGCUUUGAAUUAUGCCAUUGUAUAAUUUGUUGUUGCUGUUGCUCCGACUGUUAAUUCAUUAACCAACGAUAGUUUAAAGAUUUAAAUGAAGUUAUGUUUUAAAUACAGUUCACAUAAGUUUUAAUG